AUGAUUAUAAACCAACUUUCAAACAAAAUAUUAAAAGAAAAAAGAAUUAUAGGAUUAUAUGAAGCAAUUUACAAUCAUGGUCCAAAUUGUAUGUGCCAUGCAAAGUUAACAAAUAGAACCAACCCAUUUAUAAGUAACAGUAGCAAUAAUAAUAAUAAUAAUAAUAAUAGUAUGGGAGUGUGUCCAUCACAAAAUCAGUCAUAUUCAAGCACAAGAAAACUAUCAAUUUCAGAACAAAUAGAAAAAGAUAGAUCAAGGGUAAUGGAUAGCAACUAUUUUAAUGAAGAUGGUACCUUAAAAACAACAAAUGAUGCAGACUAUGCAUUUGAAAUGGCUAUUUCAAAUAUUAGAUUUGGAAGUGGUUGUACCUAUGAGGUUGGUUAUGAUCUCUAUGACUUGGGUUGCAAAAAUGUAGUUAUUUUUACUGAUGGUAAUUUAGUAAAUUUAAAAGACUCACCAGUGCAAAAAGUAGUAGACUCCAUCAACAAGUGUAGCUUAGGUUCAAUCAAAUAUACAGUCUAUGACAGGGUUUCCAUCGAGCCAACUGGUGAUUCUUUUAAGGAUGCAAUUGCAUUUAUGGAUCAAUUUAAAAAUAAUGGUACUCCAUUUGAUGGCGUUGUUGCUGUUGGUGGAGGUAGUGUUAUUGAUACCGCUAAAGCUGCCAAUCUUUAUUGUACAUAUCCACCUGAAAACUUUUUGGACUAUGUUAACCCACCAAUUGGAAAAGGUAUCCCAGUCCCAGGCCCAUUAAAACCGCUAAUUGCCAUCCCAACAACAUGUGGUACAGGUUCUGAAACAACUGGUGUUGCUGUUUUUGAUUUAAAAAUGGAUGGGGGUGUUUCUUCUAAAACUGGUAUUGCUCACAGACGUUUAAAACCAACAUUAGGUCUUGUAGAUCCCGACAAUUUAAAAACAAUUCCACCAAACGUUGCAAUUUCUAGUGGAUUCGAUCAGUUGUGCCAUGCUUUAGAGUCAUUUACAGCCAUCCCAUUCAAUCAAAGAGUACGUGCAGCCACUCCACUCUUAAGACCAGCAUACCAAGGAAGUAACCCAAUUAGUGAUGUUUUCUCCCUCAACAGUUUAGAAACCUUUAUUAAAAAUCUUCCAAUUUUUAUUAACGAUCCAAACAAUCAACGUGCAAGAAAUAAUGUAAUGUUAGCAGCCUCACUUGCUGGAAUUGGUUUUGGUAAUGGUGGUGUAACCAUACCACAUGCACUUUCAUACUCUAUUAGUUCUAUGGUCAAAAACUACAAACCAGAAGGAUACCACAAUUUAAAAAAGAACCUUAUUCCACAUGGCCAAUCAGUUAUCAUUGGAGCACCAGCAGCAUUCAGAUUUUUGGCACCAUAUAACCCAGAACGUCACUUAAUUCUAGCUAAAAUAAUGGGUGCAAAUAUUAAUGUAGAUAGAGCAGAGGAAAGAGCUGGUGAAUUACUAUCAGCAGAAAUUAUAAAACUAAUGAAGAAAUUCAAUGUUCCAAAUGGUCUACAAGCACUUGGAUACACCGAAGCUGAUAUCCCCAAAUUAGUUGAAGGCACCUUACCACAACAUCGUGUUCUUAAACUAGCCUCUAAGCAACCUUUACGUGAAGAUCUUGAAAAACUAUUUAAAGAAUCUAUGUCAAUAUAUUAAAACCAAUAUAAAACAAAGAAUUUAAAUAC